CAGCACCACGACAGUGACCAAAAAAGAAAACGACGCCCUCGCAGAUACACACAAUCUUAAACGUCAAGCAGCAGAGAACAUCUAGCUACAAAUCGCCGAGACACAAACUCUCCAACCGGAGACGUUUGGAGGUGGCUCUGGUAGUGGUAGAGGGCGUCGAGAUUGGACCAAUACUCAUACCACUGCGAGUCCCAAAGAAGAAGAAGAGGAGAGAUAAUCAUCGUCAGAAGAGUCGGACAUUGAUGGACACAUCCUCCAUAACUGGGUGACUGUUCUGCCUAUACACACUCGUUCCUCGUCCCUCUCCGUCUGCGUCUCCGAAGACACCUCCAAGAAAAUGACAAACAACACCACGUCCAACGCCUUCCCUCCUCUCGACACGACCAACAUGGGCGGCGCAGGUGGUCAAGUUCGCAACAAUAACAUGUCUCCCACCACCAGUGGCCACGCAGGUAGUAGCGCAGCAAAUGGGAAUGGCGCAGGAGGAGCGGCGUCGAAUUACAUGGCUACCCUCCCCGUCGGACAUCAGCAAGAUUUGAAUUAUCUGUACAAUCAGAUUCAAGAGCUGGGUGCGAUUUUGAGGAGCAAUCGUGAACAAGUUAACACCAUCACGAGAACUGCCGAAGAAGUUGCUAACCGCACAAAUCCUACUGGUGACGAUGGAGGAGAGAUUCCAGAAGCUGAGAGAGCCAAAAUGAGACAAGUCCAACGUGAAUUGGCCAAGGCAAAACACCUCGUCGAACUCUACAAGCACGAACAAAAGGAAAAUACCAAUCUCAUCGCCAUGUACGAGGACGCAUUGGGUACGGCUACCGAACAGAUUCGCAAUUAUUGUUCCGGUAUGGAGGCACGAUUCCUCGAACAACGUCGUCACUACAACGAUCUCUUGCAGCAGGAAAAGGAUGAUCAUCUUCGGAGUCGGUUGGACCGGGAUCAUUGGUUCGCGCAAACCUUGAAAGUGUGUGAGAUGAUCCGUACCGCCUACCGCCUACGCACCGACGAGUGGGGUGAAGAGUACGCCAUCAUCUCCGGUCUUCAAGCUCAAGUUCGUUGUUAUCGACGUAUCUUGGGAUGGGAACCAGAGGAACUCCAAGAGGAAAUUGGUUGGCCGUAUCUCAAGGAUCUCCCGCUCCAUGAUAAGAGUUGAGAUGAUGAUUGCCUCUGCAUCUGCGCACACAAAAAGGAAUGAUGAUAAUGAGCCAACUGAUUGAUUGAUUGAUUGAUUGAUUGAU